UUAGCCUCACGUUCACUUCAAUUAAUUGCACUAUUUAUCCCUGCAUUAAAACAAUCUUUUGUGGAACAUUUACCUGUUGAACGACAAACAUCCCUACGACAUUUUGAUUCUACUGCGAGAGACUAUGCUGAUCAUAUUGGUGAAAUUAAAGAUAAAUUGCUUGGAAUGAUGGAUAGGGAAUUGCUUGUUGCAUUAGAAGAGUGGAAACCGGAAGGCAAAGCACCAACACCACAAUUUCAACAAAUAGUUAUGCAGAUUGGUAAAUUCUACAGCAGUUAUUCUUCUAUAAUGCCGCCAGAAUUAACUACCAAAAUGCUUCAUUUAAUACAUGAAAAUUUGAAACUUUAUUUUAAACAAAAUGUGCAUUCUAGAGGGGUUACUCCACACGAUUCUAUUGCUUAUGGGUACUAG